GUAUUGUUUUGUAAUUCGGAUAUAAAUAUCAGUAUACUUUAAGUCGGCGGUAGUAGUUUAUUUAGAAGCUUUUUUUUUUGCAAAUGUGAUCAGUUUGUUAUCGUUAAUUAGUUGUACACGAGCACCACAGGCAGUUAGCAUAGACAUUAGCCUUAGCCUCAUUUCGUAGUUAGAUUUUUUUUUAAUUUUUCUUAUUUGUAUUAAGAACUUCAGCCAAUAUGAUGGAUGCUAAACCGGUUAUGAUGAUUAAAACUCUGCCAGGACAGUCGGUCCAACCAAUGCAGUGGAUUAACGGUAUGAUCCAGUCCCUGCAGCUGCAGGUCCAGUUUUUGCUCGGCAAAGCAGAUGACCUGUACUAUCAUAUUAUCAAUAGUAACAUCACAGGAGAAAGUGGACUUGUAGCGGCGUCUGUGAGGAGUUUCAUUUACACUUGUCAGCCUUACUUCAAUUUCCUGGAAUACACAGCCUGGAAUAAGAUGUUGCCUUCUGACAUCAUGCACGUGCAGCUGUUGCAGAUCUCUCAGCAGCUGUGUGACGCUUUGGAACAUCUGGUGUUGAGCUUGGCCAGCCACAAUCUUCUCAAUUUGGACGAAAUUGAGCCUGAUAAUCUGUCUCACUUCUGCAUCGGCCAAACUCAACUGGGCGAACAGAAGCUGACUAUGUUCCUCUACUGUAAGCCGGCACCGUACCUGGCGGGGGUCACCUCCGGUCUGUUCAAACGCAUGCGAUGGAACGUGGAGAGAAUUGCUCACAGUGGCGAGAAGGAACCUGAAACAGAGUACUACUUCCUGUGCUACGAGGACAUUCCCAACCUAUAUGCAGACUUAGGCGCAGACGUGGUCACCUGUGAUUCCGGUGUGUUGCGACUGUGGUCCAUUGGUCAGUGGGUGCAGGUGAAGCCUGAUACAGAGGACAUCUCUGACUGGGUCAAACAGUUGCCAUCAUACAGUACAGUAUCCAUCCAUUUUCUAUGCUGCGGGGGUAUGCUGGAGCCUAUCCCAGCUGACUUCAGGAUCACAUGUGAUGUUCCUCAAGCUGCCUUCAAUAAGUUGUUGUUCCUGGGCAGCAAAGAACCAUCAUGCUGCAUCGCCACAGAUCACCUGAGGCAGAUGCUCAUGUCCAUGCAGGAUGAGUAAACCUACACUGAAUCGGCACACCUUGCUUUGUGAUACAGGCCCUGUCCGAGUGGUUGCCUUGUGCCCGUUUAAAUUAUUCUAAUUAUUCCACUGUUGCCUUUUAAGUGUUUUUUUCUUCUUAUGUCUUGUUCCAUUUGCAAGCGUUUGUCAUAUAGAAACUUGAGCAGUAUAGUAUGUGUGUAAAUUCACCAUAUUUCGAUUGUUUUAUUGUGCUCAAUAUGUUAAAAAAUGUAAAUAGUGAUUUUCUAAAAGGGUUUGUAAAUGUUUUUUUUACAGUUUUUAUUGUUUAAAAAAAUGUUUCCAGAAUAAUUAUUAAAAAAAAACAU